UUUCAUUUUUAAAUGUAAAAGCCUCACCUGCAGUGUUACACCUUGACUUUGAUGUAGUGAGUGAGAUAACUUGUUCACGUGUCGACAUUUACAACUAUUAACUCUUAAUUUACUGUUUGUGUUUGUGUUAAGUGUUUAAUUAUCAUUUAUCGAUACUUAACCAAGACGUUUGCCUUCAGUCAUCGUUGCAUGACAUCAUUUACAGCCAAUUCAGAACGCAAGAUUACUCGAGUACAAAUGAUAACAUCGCUUAAGUUAAUCCCGCGGUUUAGUUAAACUGUUGUUAAUUUGUAAACAAAACGAUUCAAGACACGCGAGUUUACAACAAUCGAGGUAAACUGCCUCCACAAUGACAUUUCAAAAGUGAAAAAAGUGUGAAAGUGACAGUAAAAAGUGAAAGACAAAUGUUCAACACGUUACAACCCUGGUAAAUAUAAUGAUAAGUUGAAGUGGAGUAAGUAAAGGACAGUGACAAAGUGCAACAAGUGCAAAACCUGACUGAUUUAUUUUCAUUAAUCAAUAUUGAUUUUCAAAAGUGUUUCAAAAAAGAUAGAGCGAUACAAAAGUGACACUUUUAAUUUUAUUUAAAACAUAUUUUACAACCUGAAAUAGUUUAAGUUUAAAACUCGCUAAGCAAAAUCAUAAUUAAUUUUAGUAAGUGUAAAGACAAUAAUACAAGUGGAAAGUCAUAAACAAUGACAGAAACACUGUACAUAUCUGCCUUAAUCUAGAAGUGUAAAAAGUGUGUAUUAUUUUGUGAAGAAGUGUAAAAGUGACAAAACAUGCCUGAUACACUAUCCCUAUCAGCUGGAGUGAGCUUGGGGCUCCUAGCUGGUAUAGUGUCGGGAGUAUGCUACCUUUUUGCCAACGGAUUGACACGAACUGGAGACGAGAGGAAACCCAGGAGGCGAUGCAUAGCGCCCAAAGAGAACAAUAUAUGCGUUAGAUGCGGCGGCGAUCAGCUCGGCGGGCCGGUACCUUGCAUCUGUCUUGAGCAUAGGCAGGUGAAGUUCGAGUCAGGCGCGUGGUUCCUGCGUCAGGCGCAACGAGCCCUCAGCCUUAUGCCGUGGUCCUUCAGCACUGACCGCCUGGACAUCAUCGAUGAAGAAGAAUGCGAAGGGCCCAGCUCGAGCGAAGGUCGCGGCGACCUGCACAAUGUGAGGGAGUUCCUGGAGGCGAUAUCCGCCAGGCUGACCGGAGGGACACUGGAAGGCACGAGGGUCGCGCCUCUGUACGACCAUCCGGCCUAUGUGAGCAUGUUCGAGCGACACCACGCGGCCAUACGCGACACGCUCGCCGCCCUAACCACUGCGCUCCGAGACGCGCUCCAACAUCUACCGCAACAGCACUCAGGGCCCAGUCACGCCGGUCACGGGCCCUCGUUGGGCGCCAGCGGGGCCCACGCGCAACUCAAGCGGCUGGUCGCGCGGGUGGUGGAGGAAGCCGCCGCGCUGCCGGCGCUGGCGCAGUAUGCCGCUGAGCCGCAGACUCCGACAGAGUCCUCCACGUACGAGGAUCUCCUCGCCACUGCUAUAUUGAACAAGGUCAUCGAACGUUACCAAACGGAGAAUGGAUCAGGCGGUCGCAGCAGCGGCAUCCACUCGGCCAGCGCCAGCCCUUCGCCGUCCGACCGGUCCUCCCCGCGCUCGCUGCACUCUAGGACCACCAGAGACAUCACACCUCCCCGCGAAGACGACGCGUCGGACUGGGAGGAGGGCGAGGCGACGGAUGAUGCACUGGAGGUGCCGCGGCGCGUGCCCUUCCCGGAGUACGGCGGCGACAUUGUGCACGCGACAGAUAAUGAUUAUCGUGAAUUCGAUGAAGUUUCUGGCAGCGAUAUACAAGCAGCGGAUGGGUCAUGGGAAGAAAAUUGGCUUUUCCAAAAGAAGAAGAUCAAGAACAUUCAAUCGGCCCCAGUUCCUAUGCUUGUGCCCAAUUCUAACACGCAAUACAGGGCUCUAAUUGGCGAUAGAGAUGCUGAGGACACCACAGAUUUAUCUGAUAACGCCAGUGACGCAGAUGAGCAGGAAGUAGAAUAUAAGAGUGACGCCAAAAAAGUUUUAGAUUCUAAACAUGUUAUUGGAGGUAAACCGAAAGUCGAUGAAGUAUUAGACUUUGAACCCGAUAGCCUCACAAUACUUGACGAAUCACAAAAUAUAGAAGCUUACAAUGAAAAAGUUUUGAACGAAGACACCGUUGACUCUAAAGAGCCCUAUCUAGAAGUUACGAAUGAUAUUACAAACGGUAACAUAGUUAAUGAAAUCCACAAUGAUAAUCACGAUUCUAUAUUAUUACUUGACGUAGAUAGUGGACCACUAUCUAAAACAGAGUUUAAUUUGAAGGAAGAGAUACACAGGUCUAUUAUGAAUGGACAUGGAAAUUAUUCAGACGAUACUAAUAUCAAUGGCAAUUUGAGCGAGGAGAAUGAUCAAAAACCGUUAGUCGCAUAUGAAAAAGGAACUACAAACACACUUAGUCGUUUCGAACGUGAGAAAGACUACGAGGAAACUGUGACAGUUCCGGUACAAAGGUACGCAGAUAGUCUUCGCAGGAAACAUUUCGAAGAGCCUCAACAAUGUUCUACUCCUAAAGAUGAGGAGAACGACUUAAUACCAGGCUCGAUAGCGUACAGGGAGCGCAAAAAGUGGUUAAAUUACGUCGAUAUGCCGAACAAUCCGUAUUCACCAGAAGCGAUCAAAAGGAGACUAACAGCAAAAAGCACUUCAUCGCUUUUUGACUCGUUAACAACGAAUAAAGAUAGAGAUAUUGAGAAAUUAUCAUCCUGCGAGGACGUUUCAGCAAAACACGAAACCGAAAAUAAUAAUACGAAAGAAACAGUGGAUAAAAGACAAUUAAAAACUAGCCUGAGUACAGAUGAAGUCAUUAUGAACAAUAGAAGAUCUAUGAGUCCAUCCCCUAAGAUUUUAAGAAAUGUAAUGUCAGAAGAUCUUCCACAUUAUAAACGAUACGAUCGAGACUAUUACAUAAAAGAGGCGAGAUCAUCCUCCGGCGAACGCAAAGGCAAAAGCAGUAUCAGCAGCUCGUGUUCCCUCUCUAACUCUAUAAACAAAUCGACGAGUUUAGACAAUUUCGAUAGAGAGUUCGCCUCGCCUGGACUUCUGAUACAACAAUUCAAUACAAUAGCCACCAACCAGCAAUACUUGAAUUUCGACAAUAAAAACAAAGAGCAAAUAUCUAUAACAACCAUGCCCGGAGAAUAUAAUAACGAGGUAAUAAUAGACUACGAAGACGCCAAUGAACAUGCGCUAUUCGUAAAACCUACAUAUACAGAUGACGAUACCGAUCAGAAAUUCGAAGAAAUUUUACAAACAGCUUACAGUACAGAUAAAUUUGCAGUAACUACAGAUAAAAUAAUUGAUGAAUCUGAUAAAUCACCAACAAGUUUCGAAAAUUCUUUAAGUUCCAGCAGCGUAGAGGAUUCCAUUAAAAUAUACAAUGUACAGACCGGUGAGAUUGUGAAAUGUACGCCAGAAGAUAAGCUAUCAAGGCGAUACGCGGCUGACAAAAAUGACAAUAUCAAUAUACCUGAUAACAAUUCGGGAGGCACCAUUGAUAUCGUGAACAGGCUAAGCGAAAGUGAAAACAGUGAUGCUACAGACGCCGUGGAAACAGAUAGUUUUAAAGAAGCGCCAGUCAAAAGUGAAAUAGAUGAUUUGCCGACAGAACUACCGAAUGUGAGGGAAUUGGCCAAGAAAUUUGUCAGCAUGGAAAGCCUCAAUGAGCCGGUCAAGGUACCACAACCUUCAAUAAAACGUCACAAAAGCAAAGAGAACAUAUUCAGUUCAGACUACAAAGAGAAGCCGGGCAACAAACUGCAGUAUAUGCACAGUCUCACAGCCAGGAGUAUCUCCAGGGAAUUCCGGGAGGAACUGAAGCUGUCCAUGCCGACACCGCUCACUGUCCCCGGGGGCGCCAAGGAUAUACCCGAGGGUGAGGAGGUGACCAGGGAAUCCAGCAGGCCAGGCAGCCCGGUGCCUGAACCGGGAACGAUAAAAUCUAAAUUGGCGUUUUUCGAAAGCUUAAAAUCGAAAUUCAGUAGUAAAUAACCUAUCUGUGGUAUUCACUAAUUGGCUUACUUUCAGAAAAUUAAAAAAAAACACUAAACUUGUAUGAUAUUUAUUUUAAUGUUUUAAAUCAAUCAAUGCAGUUGUAAAUAUCAAACAGGUCUGAUUUAACUUGAUUGAUAUUUAUUUUAAUGUUUUAAAUCAGUUGUAAAUAUCAAACAGGUCCGAUUUUUUAAAAUCAAAGAAUAUAUUAUAAUGUUUUUAAUAUGAUUAAUAUUCUCGGUCCUUUACAAUGAUUAAUAUUCUCGGUCAUUUCCAAUUAAUCAAAAAGAGUUGAUACAACACUAGCCAACUAGUCGAACUUAUGAUCUUGGUGCCGAGUUCAACCCCUUUAACGUGGAGGUUAAAUUUCUCCUUGGAAAAGCACCAAGUCAGUGAAUAACACACCAUUAUGUAUAAUCAAGUUCGUUAUUGAUUUGCUUCUUCAAAAAUCAUAAAACAAAAGGACAAUUUAGCCCUUUGGGAAGGUUAAUUGUCGGUACUAGAUAAAUAGGUUGAGCUAAUUUUAAAAUUUGUCAGUUCAGUGUCAUUCUCACGGUUAAGGUAAAAUAGUUAAUCAUCUUUUCUUUAUAUGGUGUAAAGUUUUAGUUAUUUAUUAUAUGUGACUACAAUUUAUUUACCAUUCUGUAAAUGAGUUGCGUAGUUUAAAAAUCAUCGACAAUUUGUUGAAGGAUCCGAAAGUGCCGGUUUUCAGAUUUUAAAUUAGGUAAAUAAAGAAAGUAGUUUCACCGUUAUUCUGAAUGGGGAUGAUGACUAGGUUUGAAUAUAUUGAUUUUUAUGAUACAUUCGGGUAAAUAGGGUCAAUGUUAACUAGUUUAUACAUAAAAAGCAAAGAUUGUCUGGAUAUUUGCAAAAUAAAUGAGAUUAUAAAAUUUCAAAAACUAUUAAAAAUAUUUUAUCGUAAUUAGAUGAAAAUUCAUACAGUUUUAGCUUCCUUACAUUAAAUGUGACAUUUUUUAAUAUAUGAACUAGGAGCAUAAACGCACAAAUAACAAAGAUAUUAGUAAUUUUGUUUGAACGCGCAUACAAAUCUAACGAUCAUUACAUUGCCUAUGACGUCAUUAUUUCGAGCCAUUUUGUAUGGAGCGUUUUUCAGGGAUCCGCGGCAGCGCCGCAAAUCUGACUCUUUAAAUCCCUGUAGCUCCGAAAGUAAUGAUCGCAGAUACCCUGUUCCUUUUACAAAAUUGCUUUGCUAUUAGUAUACUCUUAAUUUAUAUACACUUUAAAAAACUGUCAUCAUCCCUAUUGUUUUAAGGCAAAAUGACCAAUUACGAAAUAGUUUAUAAAAUAAAGGCAACUUUUAAAUGGGGACAUGCGAGUACGUAUAAUAGAGUGAUUUUUAUUAUAGAGAUUUGUGUAAUUUAAAAAAUUACACAAAUCUCACAAAUUACAAAAAUUACAACAAAUUACACAAAAUUACACAAAUUACAAAAUAUAACAGUGGAGUGAAGAAUUGACAUAUAUGUUUAUAUGUAAUUGAAAAUCUCUCAAGGGCUCUAACGCAAACUCAAACCGAUUUUAAUGGUUGGGUGAAUGUAUAAAUAAUUUAUAUAAAAAAAUAGUAAGCCUGUAAAUCAAAUGAGUAUGUACUUGGUGUCCUUUGAGUUAAAUAACUUAAAAUAAAUUAAUAUUAUGUAAUUAAAAAAAUACAUGGUCACAACCCACACUAUUAUUUAUAUUAAAUAGAUUAUAGAUUCAUAAUCAUUAGUUUACUGUGUAAAUAUUUAGUGCCAUUGUAAUAAUCAUUUUAAAGCUAAAGCCAAAGUUGUACAUAGGACAUUAUUGUAGCUGUAAUAUAAUCGUAUACAGAGGUUGUGUGUACAAUCAUAGAAUAGAACUAUAAUGAAUCAGCUGAUCGCAUAUUGUGAGAGAAGCAAACGCAUUUUCAUAUCACAGCAUGACGUCAUCAAAGCCAAGUUACACAUCAAUCAUUUUUCUACAAACGCUAACACUUUGAAAACUUAAAAAUCUUUGGGAAUGACAUUCAUUCAGGGGCGUAGGCUACCGCCGUAUAAGCCAUAUCAAUGAACUCCCGGACUACAGGGGUCCCUUAGGUGUAAAUGCAAAAAUAGUAAAAUGUAGUAUGUAUGUAAUCUACAAUCUCCUUUUUUCCCUGGCUAAGAGUGAGUUCAAAAG